UAACAACUGGGUAAUGUAUGUUAGCAUGGGUUCGAAAUAAGGGAGAGCUGUAUAAGACAUUUGGAACAUACGUAACAAUUGGUCGCUUGAGGAUUUCAACAUUUCUUCCUUAUCUUCAAGCCUCGUAAAAUCUCGCUUGUGCCCGAAGAAGACCCAGCCUGAUUCCAGGAGAUCCAGCCUGAUUCCAGAAGAUCUAGCCUGAUUCUAGAAGAUCUUGCCUGAUUCUAGAAGAUCUAGCCUGAUUCCAGAAGAUCUAGCCUGGUUCUAGAAGAUCCAGCCUGGUUCCAGAAGAUCUAGCCUGGUUCCAGAAGAUCUAGCCUGGUUCCAGAACAUCCAGCCUGUUCCAGAAGCCCCUACCAUGUCAAAUGAAGAAGAUGUGACGAAAUUAGACCUGAUUGAUAAGACCGAGGAAAAGCAAGGUUUGUUCUCUCAGUUCAAAGAACGCUUGAAAACUAUCCUCGGUCUCCCAACACAAAGAAAGGACCCUAACGUUGACGUGAAGGUUCUCCACUCCGCGGAACGCGACGAGUGCUUGGAUCAGCUGGGACUCCACCAGGAUCAGCUGUUGGUGUCCGAUGUGUACAGGGUUGUCCAGAGUCUCCAGACUCUGCCUCCAGAUGGGGAGCUGAUUGUUCCCCUGGAGAUGCCAGAACGAUCCAUUCCACCCCAGGUGUUAUACACGUUUACGUACUGUAUGAAGGUUGGCGGACAAUGGCACCUGGAACCGGCAGAAUACAAGGAAGGCGGCUGUGUAUAUGGCAAACUGACAGAGAUGGACGUGUUUUGUGUGACGGCGGAGUUAAAACCGGAAUAUGCCACAGUGGGGCCGAAAGGUCACAAGUUUGUCUCUGAGAAGGACGAGAGAAUUGCCAUUGACUUUCCUGAACAUGCUGUUGAAGAAGAAACCAUGCUGAUAAUUGUGACGGACAUCAUCGACCAACAACGGUUUGAAGAAUAUAAGAAGAAGAAUGAAGAGUUCCGCUGCAUUGUUGGGUUCACUAACAUUCUCACAGUCAGCCCAUCAGUGGAGCUCCGCGCAGAUGCUAAGAUACGCCUUCCUGUGGAUGCUGAGUUUGAGAAGGGGGAUUGCGAUGUUAUGUUUCUACACUGGAACAAUGAUGAGGAUGAGGGUGAAGAUGUUGGGGAGGAUGUGACAGUUGUAAAUGCUGUUACAGGAGGUGCCAAUACCUACAUAGCCCCGGUCACCUCAUUCAGCAGGUAUGCCUGUGUCGCUGUACAGAGAAACAUUCCGAUUGAAGAGAUAUCCAUAGCGGCCAAACACGCCAUCGGGAAGCUGAAUCUGUGUGUCCUCCUCACCUUCAUUGACUAUGAUCAACACCGGGGUGUCAACUACCUUCUAGUUGACUGCGUUGAAUUCACCAAGGUGGGCCGAGCUGUCGAACUUCACAGAACCGAUGGCAUGACGGAAGUCAAGCACAGCAGAUCAAGGGACAUCGAACUCAAAGAUAAAACCAAGAUUAAAGUUCAUCUGGGUGGAGGCAUUAAGCGUCAUGACAAAUCAUUUACAACGAAUGCUUUUUAUUUCAACCGAAUGGCAAGAACCAACAAAGUUAUUAUUCACUUUACUUCCAAAGGAAAAAAUGGAAACGUUCGAUACUUCUGGGGUCAUGACGAUCACAAAGUAUACUUUCCAUUGGAAUCAAAAAGAAGCGUUGCUAGGAAAUCAUCCUCUGUGAAACCCCGACAAAUGAGUAGGUCCUAUUCCUGCGAGCCUUCUGGAGCAACAUCUCUAACCUUCCAUGGUACCCCAGGACAUUCUCCAGGCGCGGAGAUGCAUCCAAUUCUAACCGACAAAAGUCUUGCAGCGUUUGGGGACAUAUUACCACAUUCAGAAUGGAGAAGUGUGGGUCUUGAACUCAACUUUUCGAUUGAUGCUAUUACCUCCAUAUUUGAUAAAGCAGAGAGAAUGAAAUCCAACCCUGGCUUGGAGCUUCUUACUGAAUGGAGAAGGAGAAAUAAACUCCGGAAUCCAGAUGAACUGAUAAACGACCUCAUAGCUGCAUUUGCUGAACUCAAGCGAAACGACAUUGUUGGCGUUCUCAAUUCAGCACGACAACAUUCGCGUCCAAUACGAAGAAGUGACCUAGAUUGUGGAUCUCCGUCCUCAAUUCCCCCAUUUGGUCCAGAACCAAGCUUUAGUUUUGGACCUUUUUUUUCAAGCAAUGAGACAUCGGGCGACAGCAGUUCUUUGUCUUCUGCUUAGAGUCAACCUGUUAGCUCCGUCGGCACAGCAGUAGGCUCGUCCGAGACUUUGAAGAGUGAAGAUACAGAAAUUUUUAAACAUGAUUUGUAAACGCACUUAUUUGCGACGGGACGCACUCUGCAUAUUUCAGACUGUCAUGUAUUGGUAUGAUCGAACGACCUUUGUAGUAGCAGUAGUAGAAGUAGUAGUAGUAGUAGUAGUUGUAGUAGUAGUAGUAGUAGUAGUAGUAGUAGUAGUAGUAGUAGUAGUAGUAGUUCGGGUAUGGUGAUGACAAACCUAGAAACAUAAUCGAACCCACAAUGAUAGGUUUCUGGCGUGCCCAAGGGACGCAACUCUGCAAGCGAAUUGCGGCACGGUCCGUACCCCCAGUAGCAUUGGUAGGACUUGUGUAGUAGUAGUAGUAGUAGUAGUAGUAGUAGUAGUAGUAGUAGUAGUAGUAUAAGUAGUAGUAGUAGAUAGUAGUAGUAGUAGUGUUUCUUACUUCCAUCUUCUAUAUUAUUUCUGUUAAGAGAUCAACUCCGUGUUCUAGUGUUAGAGCGUCCGCCCGGAGAGCGUCAUACCAAAAGACGUUACCAAAUGGUACUUGUUGUUACCCUGCCUGACGCUCGGCAUUAAGGGGCUAAAACAAGUACUGGCCGGU